UAGACGUUGAGUUUCAGAAGCUGCCGGAACCAAGCUACGGCGGGAGUUCAGUGAGUCUCGGUCGGUUAUUGUUACUGGACCCGAUCUAGGCCGUUCCGCCAGUGUUUUCAGCUGCCCAGGGAUUGCGGUUGCUUGGGCCGAUCUUCAGUUUGUGCAAUAACAGGCCGCCGCAGCAAAAGAUGAACGGAGCUCUGGUAAAGGUGCUGUGUCUAAGGAACGAUAUCAUUUUGAAGCAAGCCUUUCCUCUCUUAAGGCUCAAAACUUCAGGAGAGAAUCCCAUCUGUUCUGUAGGUGGCAUCAUACUGAGUACCAGCCGGCACUACAAGACAAAGCCCACCCAUGGCAUUGGAAGAUACAAGCAUCUAGUUAAAGUACAAGAGCCCAAGAAGAAGAAGGCAAAAGUGGAAGUGAGACCCAUUAAUUUGGGGACAGAUUAUGAAUAUGGGGUUUUAAACAUUCACCUGACUGCGUAUGACAUGGCCCUUGCAGAGAAUUAUGCCCAAUAUGUUCACAAUCUGUGCAAUCAUCUCUCCAUUAAAGUCGAGGAAAGCUAUGCGAUGCCCACCAAAACCAUGGAGGUGUUGCGACUGCAGGACCAAGGCAGCAAAAUGUUCCUGGACUCAGUUCUUACCACCCAUGAGCGAGUGGUUCAGGUCAGCGGUCUGAGUGCUACAUUUGCAGAGAUUUUCUUGGAAAUAAUCCAAAGCAAUCUUCCUGAAGGAGUCAAAUUGUCAGUGAAGGAGCACACUGAAGAAGACUUCAAGGGACGGUUCAAAGCUCGGCCAGAGCUGGAAGAACUGAUAGCCAAGUUGAACUAGCUCACCGUAAUCUCUUUCAUGCCACCAUUGGUCAUAUUGAGUGUUAAGGGGGAGAGCUUCCUGGGUGGUCAAAGUCAAGAAGGAAACCCUGACCCUUAGAUAUCAUAAGUACCCAUCCCCACAGCCAAGAAUGCCUUCUCUCCUCUGUGGAGCAGUGUUUGCCAAUUGUCACCACUUUCCUUUGACCCAAUCCUCCAGCUAAUAAAAAUAUACUGGUAAUGAGAGUUGUUUUUUAGAAACAAUUUAUUGAGGUGAAAUUCACGUACCACAAAACUAACCAUUUUAAAGUGAACUAUUCGGGGGUGUUUAAUACAAUCAUGAUGCUGUGCAAUCACCACCUGUGUCUAGUUUUCAAACCUCAUUGCCUGUUUUUUUGUAAAUAAAGGUUUACUGGAACACA